AUGGCGUUCCGAGGCGGUGGCAAUUCCGUUUCCAUUCAUGGGUACAAAGGGCCAACAUCCAGUUUUAACGGAGCACCACCACCGCAGCAUACAUUCGGCGCUUCGAUGGCUGGAUUCGCUGGCGCUCAGAGUAUCAAUGGUGGGUUCGGCUAUCCCAAGGGCGUCCAUCCGCCAACAUCUUUUGGAAGAGGCCAAGCCCUACCAGGAGCUUCUUAUCGCGGGAGAGGUCAAACAACUGUCCAACAUCAAUACCCAGCUGGGCACAACCCAUACAAGUAUGUAGCACCGAAACAUUCACCUGUUGGCGACGAUGUAAUGGAGAAGCCAAUGAAACCAGAAGAAGUCGCUUUGCUCAACAAAUUCUUGCACAAAAAAGUGGAUCUCAUGCAGAAUAGUGGUAUUGACGUAUCGUUAGACAGGAGUGAUCCUCGCUCACCGCUGCAUUCCAUUCGGAGUUUUCGCGAUCUCAGACUUCGACCAGAACUUCUUGAAGCUUUGAACGUGUUGGGAUUCACACAACCGUCGAAAAUUCAAGAAUUCGCCCUUCCUCUACUGAUUAUGGAGCCGCCGACAAAUAUAAUAGCCCAAUCGCAAUCUGGUACAGGGAAAACUGCUACUUUCGUUCUUACGAUGCUUUCUCGUGUGGAUUCCUCAAAAAGAUAUCCGCAAUGUCUCUGCUUAGCACCGACAUAUGAGCUUGCCAUACAGAUAGGUGAGAGAUGCUAUCGUAAUUUCUUUCGUUUUUACUAUCGUAAUUUCUGCGGAAGUUGUUGUACAAGUUCCAAGUUGUCCCUUGUUGCUACCUCAGCAUGCCGAGUUCGAGUUGCUUCUGCGUAA